AUGGCGGCAUCAGUAGCCUGCGCCUUCUUCUUCGAGGCCGAGCCGGUGGGCGAGCCCGGCAUGCCGGCGCUAGACGCGUGCGCGCUCUGUGCCAAGCGGCUGGUGCGCGACAGCGACGUCUUCAUGUACAGAGGGGACACGCCCUUCUGCAGCGAGGAGUGCCGCCACGAGCAGAUGCAGCUCGACGCCGUCUCCGCCAGGCAGGCCGCCCGGAGGCUGCAGCGGUUCUCGGCGGGAGCAGAGUCCGGGCGUGCACGCCAUGGGGUGUCCGUCUCGAGCUAA